AUGAUCCCUGUGGCGCUGCUGGCUGCCUUCGCGCGUACGGCCACCGCAGCCGUGAUCAAGCGCCAGGCGGCGAUAACGGCGCUUACACCGGCCCAAAUCACCUCCUUCCGUCCAUAUACGCACUACGCUAGCACGGGAUACUGCACUCCCGCAAGCACUAUCGCUUGGAACUGCGGAGAAAACUGUGAAGCCAACCCAACGUUCAAGCCCAUUGCGUCUGGCGGUGACGGAGACGAGACCCAAUUCUGGUUUGUUGGCUUCGACCCCACUUUGGGCGAGAUAAUUGUUGGACACCAGGGAACGAAUACCAGCGAGAUUCUUCCCCUCCUUGAGGAUGCGGAUAUUAUCCGUGAGAGCCUGGACCUUAGCCUGUUCCCUGGUAUCAGUAGCAGCAUUGGCGUCCACAGCGGUUUUGCGGGAUCUCAAGCAAGGUCUGCUCUAGAUGUGCUCGCAGCGGUCAAGGCUGGGCUCACCGAGUUUGGAACGAAUAAGGUCACAGUCACUGGACAUUCGCUCGGCGCGGCGAUCGCGCUCCUCGAUUCGAUCUUCCUCCCAUUGAACAUUCCUGGCAUCUCCACGCGCUUUGUGGGCUACGGUCUUCCCCGCGUGGGCAACGAGGACUUUGCCAACUACGUUGACUCUCAGCCCAUCGAGGUGACGCAUGUCAAUAAUAAGGAGGAUUUCAUCCCCAUUCUUCCUGGUCAGUUCCUUGGAUAUCACCACCCAUCGGGGGAAGUCCACAUCCAGGAUUCGAACGCCUGGUUAGCUUGCCCAGGUCAGGACAACUCGGACGACCGAUGCAUCGUCGGUGACGUACCGAACAUCUUUGUGGGUGACGAGUCUGACCAUGAUGGGCCGUACGAUGGCAUUGAGAUGGGAUGCUGA